AGGCCGCCCGAUUCGCGAUCCCGCUCCCGCUCUUUCCCUCGGUGCUGUCUGCCUUCUUCGUCCUCCUCCGGUGGACGGUUCUGCUCCCGGUGAGAUUUUUCGCCAAUGUCAGGCAAAAUUUUCGGCCAGUUAUAGCUUUGGAGAGGAUCAACUUGAAGAAGAGAUGGAUUUGAUUUUGUACUGAUGGUCUAGUAUGUGGAGCAUUUGCGAAAAGAAGAGACAUAUUCUCCUCAAAUAAGUUCAGCAGCUUGUUUCAUACAAAAGCAUGAAGCGUAAAAGAGGAUUGAAAACCAAGCACAAAAAGUCAUCUGUUAUUGAAAACAAAGCACCAUUCUCCAUUGUUGCUGCAAAAGAAGACGAGUCUGUUGCUGAUGAUACAUGUGUCAAUAGUGAAGGAGCCUUGAAUUCUCGAAGUGAAAGUGGAUCACCAUUUCUAGGAGCUGGUGAAAUAAGCAGUGAUAGACACCAUGGCUUGGAGGACAUCAAGGAAAAGGCACCAGAAAGACCAGGAUAUGGGCGUGUGAGGGUGAAGCUUAAAUCAUCAAAAUCCAUUGGUCUCAUUCAAGAAGCAGUUCAGAACAGUCCAACGGUCUCUUUGCAUGGGGAUAUUUUACCUAAUGAGAGACUUGAAGAUGGAACUAAUCCUUUGUCUGAGUCGGAGACUGUCUCUGGGAAGUCCUCAAAAAAAUUUGGUAGCAUAAAGAUCAAGUCGUCAAGGAGUUCUGGUACAUCAAGUGCUUCAUUUCCCGAUAAACACAGAGGUGAACCGCAUCCAGUGGCAGACCAAACUAAUCUGCGGGAGAUUUGUAAAGACCCUCGGUACAAUGAAAGGGAGUUGACUGCUGCUCUUGGGGUGAUUAAGAAAAUUAUGAAGAUGGAUGCAGCACAGCCUUUCAAUACUCCAGUUAAUCCUGUUGCAUUGGGAAUCCCUGAUUACUUUGAUAUUAUUGACACUCCAAUGGACUUCGGCACCAUAUGUGCUGAACUUGAAUUUGGAAAGAAAUAUAUGAAUUCAGAAGAUGUGUACAAGGAUGUGCAAUACAUAUGGGGAAAUUGCUAUAAGUAUAACAAUAAAGGUGAUUACAUAUUAGAUCUCAUGAAGCGGGUGAAAAAGAAUUUUGCAAAAUAUUGGACAGCUGCUGGCUUAUACAGUCCAAAAAAAAGCAAUGAUGUGCGACAAGGUGAUAAUCCAAAAGCCAACAUUUCUGAAGAAGCAUAUGGAAGAAGAAGUGAUGUGCUAGACCUGCCUGUGACGUCAUCUGCUGCAAGUCAUAGCUUACAAGAAAGCCCAACUGGUUCCAAUCUACAUGAGACCGAAAGCACCCCAGUUGAGGUUGGCGCACUUACAAGCCAGGUGAAAAGCGCUUCAAGUAAGCAAAAGGGACGCAGGCAUCACGGAAUAAACAAACACAAGGCAGACUGUUUAUGCGCUGUUUGUAUUGCUAGGCGCCGGCGACAUGAGCGUGAUGUCAAUCUGCUAAUGCUUGAGAAUCAGAUUGAGACAAAUGAUGCCAAUCAGCUACAUGAGUUCAAGCCAGAGCUGCAGGAAAGUGAUGGUUUUGAGAACACAUGUGAUGAGGAGAUGGCUGUGGAUCAAUCUCUGGAGAAUAAGUUGAAUUCUGAUCCUCCCGUUGAUGAUGUGGUUAAUUUAAAGCACGUCCAGCAGUUUGAAGAGUAUUCUUGCCCGGAUGAGAAUGGGGGCAUUAAUAACUCGUCAGUGAUUGCAGCAGGGAUUAAUCCAAAAGAAAGUAAUGGUGAUCCAACUGAAGAUGUUGUUCAAGUGAAGCACAUUCGAGAACUUCAGAUGGAAAAAUUAGAGGAAUUUGUCUUGCAAGAUCAGAAAGAUGAUACAAUGAAUAGGCCAAAGAGAAGGAAAAAUGAUUUGAUGGGCGAGGAUCACGAAGAAGGGGACUAUCUGCAAAAGGUUUCUUUAGCAAAGGAUGACUCGUUGUCGCCUGAGGAUAUCCUUAAUCUGCCAUACUCUGGAGUCUUGCACAUGUGUGGGACCUUGUUCUCUGUUGAUGCCAGAUCAGUUUGGAGUGGGCCUCACUCCUUGAAUUAUCGGAAGGUUCCCAUUCGAGAUAGUGCAAUCCACUCUGCCAUUGCAAUGUUCAUGGAAAUUAAUGAGCGUCAAUAGCUCUGGAUAGAGAUGUAUAUUUGCCUUGUAGUUACUCGUUGCACUUAAUUAUGAAUCUGUUGGCGGCAUGUUCGAGAUUAGCAUGAGGAGGUAAAGAUCCUCCCUAUUGUGUCCUUUCACGUAAUACAGAUCUUUGUUGGUUAAUGGCUGCUUUGCUUAUUGGUAUC